UUUCAACUUUUCUCUGAUCUCUUCAUCUUCUUCCCUCAGGCUUCACGGCGACACAGCUACAGAGCUUCACCGGGAAUACAAAGUUUCCCCUGAUUCUGAGAGAAAUGGCGUUAAGGCAGAAGUUAGGAUGGUCAGAGGGAGAUCUAAUGAGAUCAGAUGCUAAGCCAUGUUCAAGACUGAUGAGACAAACAGCUGCCAUUUUCACUGUUGGUGGAGCUCUUGGUUUCUGGGUUCUCUGUAGACUUCACUAUGGUCCUAGGAUCACAGUACCAAGGAGUCUGCGGUGGGCGGGUUGCGGUGCUCUGUCCGUGAGCUCAUCAACUGCAAUGCUUGUUCGUCUCUUCAGCCCUGAAUGUGAACCACAAAACAUUGCUGCUUAUGAUCACAUCAAAACCCCUCAAGCUUCACUGCCUUAAACCAUCAGUGUCUUGCUUUAUCUAUGGUGUGUAUGGACCUCAUCUUUUGUACAUCAGUUAGGUAACACAUUAUUAAUAAAACCAAAUUGUGCCACUCUUUGUUUCCAUUAAGAAUUAGUGUCUAGUUUUCAUAUUACCUCUAAGUUGAUAGUGUUGAGACUUGAGAGUAUCAAAUGUUCCUUCAUUUUCGUGUGUUUGAUCACUGUAGCAUAAUUGGACAUUCUCUUAAACUUUAUAAAGCUUUUGCUGUUAAAAGGAA